AUGAAAAUUAUAUUAAAUAUAUAUUAUUAUUAUUUUAGGUAUUAAUUUUAAUAUUUUUUAUUGGUUUAUUAUUUGGAUCUACAAGCCUUAUUUCAUUUAUUUUUGGAAUUAAUUUAGUGGCUAUUUUUAUAUGUUUCACAUCAUUAACAAUAAGCUAUAGUGUAAAAAACUCAAAAGAAUUCAAUAAAAGUAUUAUAAAAUUUAUAUAACUAGUUAAAAUAGAAUUUUUAAUUUGUUAAAUAAUUUAAAAUAAAAACUAAAUCUAUAAAUAUUGGAGAUUAUAAUUUAGACAAUAUUUUUUCUUAUAACUACGUUUCAUUAGUUAUUGAAGGUGUUCCAGCUAGUUUAAUAGUUUGA